AUGAGAGAUCAGGUCGCUAUUUUAAAGCGCAAAAGAAUUGCAGCUGUCUUUGUUGGUGAGUCGGAUUCGUCAGACGCUGCUGUCAAGGUAGGGAAAUUCUCCUAUGUCUAUGGAAGCCCCGAAGUGCUUGUCGGCUCACGCGAGUGGCGAUGCGCCUUACAAGCAAAUGAGUUGAGAGAGCGGUUAGUAGCCGUGGUAGUGGACGAAGCUCACACAGUAGUUCAGUGGGGCACUGCAUGUCAGGACGUUAGUGAGGAAAAGGAACCAUUUUUCGCGUAUGGUGUGGCCUGGAAAGCUCUCACAUUAGUAUUAGGCCUCCGCAAUGCUGUCGAAAUUGUGAAGAGUCCUGAUAGGCCAAACAUCCAUCUCUCAGUCAAAAGAGUAGCUCCCGACUUUGAGACUACUUUCGACUGGCUUCUAAGAAUGAUUCAGACGUUAGGAGUGGGCUGCCCCAGAAGGGCUUUCUCUCCAGAGAGUGAAACUUUGGUUGAGAAUCGACUUGUGGAAAUGUAUCACUCCAGCAUCCCUGAAGCUAACAAGAAGGCAAUAUUGACAUCUCUGAGAGCUGUUGACGGAUUGCAUACAGUUGUUCACUGGGAACCAGUCAAUACUCUGGAAAGCUAUAUGCAGGAGAUAGGUCGGUGUGGCAGAGAUGGUGGUCAAAGCAGAGCCGUUUUGUAUUAUCAUGGAUAUCUUUUGGAACAGUCAUCAUCAGGAGGUCAGGGAUGGUGUUCAUCAUAG